AUUUUUAUUAUUCUUAAAUGAAUAUAUAACUGGUUAUAAAUAAAAAUGUAAGAUACUGAAUUCCCCACCCCCUUAUUUGCAAGAUGAAGUUAAAACCAAAGUCACCCACCAUUUUUCACUUCUGGUAUCUCAUCUUUGUAUGCAAUGUGGUUCUUGAAGCCUCCAACAAUGGUGAUAUAGGAUUUCGAUUGGAAGAAAAAGAUCAUGUCAAAAGAUCAGAUUUCCCACCAGGGUUUAUUUUCGGUGCAGGCAGUUCUGCCUAUCAAGUUGAAGGAGCUUAUCUUGAGGAUAUGAAAUCCUUAAGCAACUGGGAUGUAUUUUGUCAUUCUAUAGGUUGUGGAGAAAACGGAGAGAAUGGAGAUAUUGCAGAUUGUCAUUAUCAUCUAUUUUUGAAAGAUAUUGAGAUAAUGCAUUCCAUUGGCCUAAAAGCAUACCGAUUUUCGAUUUCAUGGGCUAGAAUUCUUCCAAGAGGAAGGUUUGGUGAAGUUAAUAUGGCAGGGAUCAUGUUCUAUGAGAAGAUCAUAGACAAUCUAAUUCUCAAAGGAAUCGAGCCAUUUGUGACGAUUCAUCAUUAUGAUUUUCCGCAAGAACUUGAAGAUAGAUAUGGAUCCUGGCUAAAUCCUGAAAUGCAAGAAGACUUUGUACAUUUGGCAGAUAUUUGUUUCAAAUAUUUUGGAGACCGAGUAAAGUAUUGGACUACAAUAAACGAACCAAACCUGUUCACAGAUUUAGCUUAUAGGUGGGGGAUUUAUCCACCUUCUCGUUGCUCAGAGUUUUUUGGCAACUGUCGUACCGGAAAUUCUGACGUUGAGCCUCUCAUUGUUAUGCAUAACCUGGUAUUGGCCCAUGGCAAAGCAGCAAAUCUAUAUCGUCAAAAGUACAAGGUGUCAGGUCACCAAAACUUAAGAAUAUUUAAGAUAUAAUUGUCCAUUUAUAUUUCCAACAAUAGCCCUUUAACUUGUUCCCGAGAAUGGAUUCCUCCUCAUUCAUCAAGUCAAUUUGGAGUGUGUGGUAACACUUGCGGGAAUUCCAGACAACUACUUUAACUUGUUCAAUGUGUUAUAAUCUAUAAG